AUGCGUCAAACUUGGAAAGGAAUUAACGAGCUAAUUGGAAACUGUAAAAAGAAAAACAAGCGCAACUCAACUAACUCUAUUCGCUCAAACCCGAAUGAGGUUCCAACUAGUGACCCGAAGGAAAAAAGCAAUAUUCUUAACAAAUAUUUCGCCCCUGUUGGGAGGAAACUGGCUUCUAAAAUUCCUCAGACCAUAAAUACAUUCUUUGAUUAUUUAGAUCCUCCACUUAAUCGCACUUUCUUCUUUGAUCCUAAUUAUUCCAGAAGAUAUCAAUUUAGAAAUUUCAAUUUUGCAAGACAACAAGGCCCAUGGUCUCUACUCAUCUCCAGUUAG